UUUUAUCCAAAUAUGUUACUCUACCAUAAUGUUGUUUUUACUGUUCUGAAAAAAUCGAAUUGAAACUUAACAAUGCCUCUCUUAGUUAUUGCGAAUUCGUUAUCUUCCACUUCCUAUGAUUUUAACAAUUAAAUCUAUGAAGAACUCAGUAAAAAAAGACUCAAAAGAUACAUAAGAUUGGAUUACGUUAUUUUGUGAGAGCUAAAAUUGAACAUAUCAUUAAUUGAAUUAACGUAGCUUUGUAAAUAUUAAAAAAAUUAAUUAUAAUACAGAACCUGGGAACCGAAUGGAAAUGAAUCCGAAUGGUUUCAUAAUUAAAUUUGAGCCCGACGGUACCACUAACUAAAUACUCCAAAAUUUCAGGUUCGGUACCGGACCAUGUCCAGCCCUACUAAGUUCCUAUUCAUUUUAGGAACAUGUAAUACAUUUGUUAAAUUAACAAUUUUUUCGAAAGUGAAGAUAGUCUCUAUAUUUCCUUUUCCAACUACUUUAAGGCGAUCUUCGUUAGCCAUUUGAGUCUCUUCAUCUCCAUCCACCUCAUAGGUCUUGAAUAAAAUCUUUUCAUAUGAUAUCAUGCCAACAACCAAGAACAUUUUCCUUGAUUGCAUUGAAUUCACUUACGGUGGCCACAAUAUCAUCUUUUUUUAUGGAGUUCACUUUUCCUUCAAAGUUAUUUUGUUUUUGGUGUCGACAUUCCUUUGCAUAAUGCCAAGGUUUAGCACAUACAAAAUAAACUCCAUUGGACUUUUUUCUUAAAUUUGUUAAAAUUUGAAAAAGGUUUUUUCUUGUUGAAUAUAUUUGAAUCUCCAAAACUAUGCAUUAUUUUCUUCCAAUAUAUAUUUUCAAGUCCCCGAGAGUUUCGCAAUGAUUGCCCUUACUUGGAAAGAUUUCAAGAUCUCAAUUUUGAUCACCUUCAAAUUGUUUACAAGAACUUGUAGCUCAUGUACUUGGGGAAGAAGGAGGGAUGUUAUCAAGGAAUUUGUAGUCGAAAUACCUUGAAAUUAGAAAUUUCUUAGUACCUACUUUUUCGGCUUUGUACUUAUUUUCCAAAGCAUCCCAUAUUUCUUUUGUUGAUGAUGUAUUUGUAUUGAGAUUGUACAAUCGAUAGGAUAGAGCAUUAAGAAUAUGACCGUGGCAUAUAAGUUCAUCUUCUUGAGGCUUUUGCCUUUAGGCUCUUACGACAUCAAUAUCUCCAUCUCUUGGUUUUGGUUGUGGUUGUGAUGCCAACUCAGAAUCAAGGACGUAGAAUAUUUUCGAAAAGGAACUUCAAUUAUCUUGCUAUCUUACGAAAUUUGUCCCAUCAAACACGCACAAGAAACAAAUGGCUACAGAAAGAUAGAUAUAUGCACCAAAUUUAGGUCACCAGUAUGGGCUAAGUUCACUAAAUGGGUCAAAAAAUUGGGCCAUCAAUAACUUGGACCUUCAAAAGUGUUGGUCGUUUCUGGAUCGAGUCUAGUCUAUGGUGUCAAUAAAUUAUUCAUCAAUUAUUUUAAAUUAUUGUUCGGUUUUAUUGGGUAUCAAAACCCAACAAAAUCGAUAAUAGCAUAAUUAAUAUUCAGUCAUUAUUUAAUGUGAUAAACUUGUCAUCAUGUCAAGACUUAUUUUAUACUUACCAAGCCACAAUUUUAUUACGUUAUGAGCACACGGAAUCGAUAUCUUUGAGAAGAAGGGAUUAAUGUAAAUAUAACAAUUUUGCAACGCAUUAGAUGUGUUUGUUAGGGUGUCACGCUCAUAAAUUUAUUAUCUAGAUCAAUUGAAAACCAAAUUGCAGAAAUCUUUUAGUAUUUGAAACUUUGCAGCUGGAUCAACAAAUGCAGUGGAACAAGAUCUGAUGAGUGUUUGCAUUCUGAUCGACAUUUUUGUGGUAAGAGCUAAGAGAAAUGGAGGAUAAUGGAGGAAGCAAGAUGACAGGAAUAAGGCAAAUUGUUAGACUGAAGGAAUUCCUUCAAAAAUGGCAAAACAUAACGCUUAGCCCCAAGGGUUCUUCCAAGAAUCAAGUGGCUGGAGGCAUUUCACCAGCAACUAGUAGGAGACUGAUGAGCAAUAAUGUAUGCUGCGACUCGGAUGAGGAUGGUUGCCAAAGCCCAGAACCACCGCACGAUGUUCCAAAAGGUUACCUUGCAGUGUAUGUUGGGCCGGAGCUUCGGAGGUUUAUAAUCCCCACUAGAUAUCUUAGUGAUCCACUGUUUAAGGUGCUUCUAGAAAAGGUUGAGGAGGAGUUCGGAUUCGAUCAUAAUGGCGCGCUCACAAUUCCGUGCGAGACAGAGACCUUCAAAUAUCUCCUACAAUGCAUGGAAAAUCAUCGAAAAGAAGGCGCCACAGGUUCUCACUUUUCACUUUUACAUGAUUCAUGAACAUGUUAUCUUCUAGUGCUAAGAUCGGAGGAUUCAUUGGAGAUUUUGCAGUCGGGACAUCAUAUUCUGUUGAGGAGUGAGGAAAGUACCUUGACCUCUUCAAAGAUUGAGAUAUAUAAGGCGGCGUGUAUAACAAAGGUCUCCUUUUCUAAACGGCAAACAUUAGAUAAAUAGAAUUAUUUUUGGCAGUUACAGCUGCUGGCUGUUUCCUGGCAUUCAUAGCCUUGCCAAAUUAUUCACUUGCAUUUGAAGUUAAAUUGACUUCUUCAGUAUUCAGUGUUCAGAUUGUUCAUGAAUGUUAUUCACUUUUGCAAGUAUAACAUGGAUGUUACUUCAAAUGAUUAAAAUUUACACA